CGCGGUCAGAGGAGCGAGCUCGUGUAGACCCGAAACGGUCCAACCCAAAGAGAGAGUGAGAGAGAGAGAGAGAGAGAGAGAGAGAGAGAGAGAGAGAGAGAGAGAGAGAAUGCAUUUCAAAUAGUGGUUUGCAUGGCACUCGGUUGGUUCUCGCGCUCAGUAUCGGACCCAGUGGAGCUGUUCAGCGUUUAUCGGUAGUGUCACCGAACAGUCCCCACGCUCACGGAACCGCUGACCCAUGUGAUACUGCAGCGUUGCGAGCGCGGAAGGGAGGGGGAGAGAGACCGAGAGAGACACAUUUUUUUCCCUGCAUCUCCACUCAGUACUGACUGGAGAAGCAGGUGCACACUUUGGAGAGAGAAAGAGAGAGAGAGAGAGAGAGAGAGAGAGAGAGAGAGAGAGCGCUGGAGGGGGGGCGGGGUACAGUCGCGCGCGUGGAUCUCUCACCGUCGCAGUUGUCCGCGAGGAUGUAUCCAACAGCUAGGCGUCUGCCGCGCGCGCGCUGCCGUCAAUGUAACGGAAUCACAUGUGCCCCUGUGAUCUAACGGCGGUACUGUUCUGUUUCUCUGGGCUCGGAUGGUCCGCGCGCUCUAUACAAAAUUCAACCGGGAAAUCAACGCACACCAGCCAUGGCGCUGGUCAUGGAACCCAUCAGCAAAUGGUCUCCAAAGCAAGUGCUGGACUGGAUGAAAGGUUUGGAUGACUGUUUGCUGCAGUAUAUGAGGACGUUUGAGAGAGAGCAGAUAACCGGAGAGCAGCUGCUUCACAUCACCCAUCAGGAGCUGGAAGAGCUUGGCGUGACCCGGAUCGGACACCAGGAGCUCAUUCUGGAGGCUGUGGACUUACUCUGUGCACUGAACUAUGGUCUAGAGACAGAGAAUUUGCGGACUUUGUCGCACAAACUCAAUGCAUCCGCUAAGAAUCUGCAGAACUUCAUUACGGGCCGCCGCCGCGGGGGGCAUUAUGAUGGACGGGUGUCACGCCGCCUUCCGAACGACUUCCUGACUUCAGUCGUUGACCUCAUCGGAGCAGCAAAAAAUCUACUAGCCUGGCUGGACAGGUCUCCAUUUGUCAGUGUUUCUGAGUACUCAGUGCUGAAGAACAAUAUUGUUCAGCUCUGUCUAGAGCUAACCACCAUAGUACAGCAGGACUGCACAGUGUAUGAAACUGAGAAUAAGAUUUUACAUGUGUGUAAGACUCUAUCAGGUAUCUGCGAGCACAUUAUUUCAUUGUCGUCUGAUUCGUUGGUGUCGCAGUCUGCCCACCUAGAGGUUGUCCAUCUGACGAACGUUAUGCCUAGCGAGGGCCUGGGCAUGUACAUCAAGUCUACAUAUGAUGGUCUUCAUGUGAUCACUGGAACCACAGAGAAUUCUCCUGCAGAUCAGUGUAAGAAGAUCCACGCCGGGGAUGAGGUCAUUCAGGUCAAUCACCAAACAGUGGUGGGCUGGCAGUUGAAGAAUCUGGUUAACUGUCUCCGUGAGGAUCCAAGUGGAGUCAUCCUCACGCUGAAGAAGAGGCCACAGAACACUCUGGGCUCCACCCCUGCACUGCUGAAGAACGCCCGCUGGAAACCACUUGCCCUGCAGCCGCUGUCCACCAGUCCAUGCAGUGGUUCUCCCACCCCACCCAGCACGCUCGGGUCAGUGGGCCUCUCACCUGGAGUGGACACACCUGGGGGACAUGAUGUUUUUAUUCUUUCCCCUGUCUACGGACACAGAGAGGAAGAUCUGGAUCGGGGUGGAUUUGGUGUGUUUGGCUCAGAUUCUCCGGGGUAUUAUGUAGAACAGGAGAUAAUGGGGGGUCAAUACUUCCCCCUCCUUGAAGAGGAUUCUGGGAGAAAUACCGGACUGCGACGGAGAGACCGGACCCCAACUCACAGUGACAUCCGACAGGUUUCCAUGGGAACUGAAUGGCUGGCAGAGCCUCAAGAAUCUGGAGUUUACAAAAGAGGUAGCAGAGAUUCUGAUUCCUCCCUCUUGCGGUUCCUCGGUGAUGACAGGAUUUUGUUGAUCCAGGAAGAUGCAGAGUUUUCCCAGCGUGACACGAGCAGGCGAUCCAGGAAGAAGAGCCGAAAUCCCAGCAGUCCCAGUUUUCCCAUUAGUCCCUCUAUGCUUGCCCCGCCUGUGCGUCUGGACACAGGUCCCCCCGAGGGGCUGCCUUUCCCCGUGCACGACUCUAACACAAUGCCACACUACCAUAGAGCUGCAGACACACUUCGAGCAGAUGCUGACAGAUAUGCCAGUUCAGGACUUGAUCGACAAGCAGGGGCAUCAAUGAGGAAGUCUGUACAUUAUGCCUCUCUGAGGACCAAGCCCAAGAAAAAGAGCAAAGGGUCCCUCAGUAGUGCCAGCAGGAGGCGUAUUGCCUGCAAAGAUCUGGGUCAUGGCGACUGUGAAGGCUGGCUUUGGAAAAAGAAAGACGCCACCGGCUACUUCACGCAGAAAUGGAAAAAGUACUGGUUCGUUCUCAAAGACUCCAACCUGUACUGGUACACCAAUCAGAACGAUGAGAAAGCAGAGGGCUUCAUCAGUUUGCCAGAGUUUCGGAUAGACAGAGCGAUUGAGUGCAGGAGGAAACAUGCCUUCAAAGCAUGUCAUCCUAAAAUUAAGAGUUUCUUUUUUGCUACAGAUCAUUUAGAGGAGAUGAACAGGUGGAUGAAUCGUUUAGGCUUGGCUGCGAUUGGCUACACGCCUGAUGAUCCGGUACCGCGUCCUGAUGAAGAUUACUGGAGUGAGAGUGACCAGGAUGAAGUUGAUGGGUCUAUGACACUCAAACAGGAAGCCACAUACCACCACAACCCCUCUGGAACUUCGUCCAGUCCAUUUCCUGAGCGCCAUUUUUCCAGUGGCUCCACAUUCUCGCAUUCCUCCGCUGAGGAGUCCCAUUCUUCCUGCCGAUCCUCCCAUCGAGAACGCCGCUCAUGGCAGGACCUGAUUGAAACCCCUUUGACCAGCACAGGUCUACACUACCUACAGACCGCAGAAGAGGAGGAGUCAGCCCUGCUGCCACCUGAUCAGCACCGGCAGGCUACACUCCCCGCCCAGCACCGGCAUCCUCUGGAACGUGACGGGCCGUUUCCGUUGACGGACAGCGAAGAGUCCCGGCCUCGCCAUCACACUCACAAGCAGCGUAGUCAGAGCCUCCCACGCCACCGCGACACACACGGACACUCGCACCGCAGCACUCGUACGCACACUCACACACACGGCACUCUGAGGCCAAGAACUCAUCUCCAUGAGGAAGAGGAGGAGGAAGAAGAGGAGGAAAAACAUGUUCGGAAAUCUAGCAGCAGGAAACCUGAGAGCGAAGAGAAAGUGUACGAUGGCACGGAUGGCCUGCAGGAGCUCUACCGAUCACUGGAGCAGGCCAGUCUCUCGGCUUUUGGCCAACAAAGGCCUUCCACCAAACAAGAGUUCAGACGCUCCUUCAACAAACGCAGCAAUGACCCCGCCACAAAUGAACGACUGCACCGCAUACGGGUUCUCCGCUCCACGCUAAAGGCAAAGGAGGGCGACUUGACGAUAAUCAGUCAGUUGCUGGACGACCCUUGUUUGACCUCGAGGAAGUUUCGUGAAUGGAAGCAACGUAACCACGAGCUCUUCCUGGAUAUCUGUGAGUUCAGCUCCGCUCCAUUGGAACCACCCAGCGAGUCCAACGACCUUUCACCUCUCUCGCCAACGUUAAUGAUGCACACUCACUCUUUCAUAGAAACGCAUGUGUGAAACACAGACACGCACCCACAUGACUAAAAAAAGUCACAUACUAAAAUGCAGACAUAAAGGUAUAUGAAUAACGUGAGUUGUGCAUUUCAAACCCACAUAUACACACACACACACACACACACAAACACUUUGAAAAACACUGUGGAUUCAGACUGUCUUCAAUUUUUCCUCGACGGAUGACCUGAUACUGCCCUCCUUCCGACCGUGAGUGACACCAGAUUGAACCAAUACACUGUAAGAUCAAUGUCAAAGAACUGACCCAGCCUCCAGAACUACUGCAGACAGACACGCAGGCACUGAAACCGAAAGGUGACUCAAACUGCUCCUCAUGGAAGCAAAAGUGUAACCUGCACAUUUACAGCUCACUGCAAACUCUGUACUAUAUAUUUCAUCACAGCCACAUUUUGAGACAGAUGGAAGAAAGGCCCCGUGAGGUGCCCACUGCAUGCUUAAAGAAUCAACUUUUCAGAUUGAGUAUCUGUUGAACAAAAUAGGACCAUAUUUAAAAACGAAAUCUUUUAUUUUUCUCUUUGAUUGGAGUAAAAAAAAUCUUUUUUUUUAAUAUAUAUAUAUAUAUAUAUCUUCUGAUGAUUUUUUUUUUUGGAUUUCCUUCCCUCGGAAUGCUGCAGGAAGAGCACUCAUGUAGCCAUGGGCAACAGGCUUCACUCUGUUACCAAGCAACACCGCCCUACUGUGUUACUCUAUACAACUCUCAAAGCAAGCAAGAGUGUUGGAAAGUGUGUGCGUGUAUGUGCAUAUGUGUGUGUGUACUGUAUGUGUGUGUGUAUUAGAGAAAUGAGAGAAAGACAGAUAACGAGUCAGAUGGAUGCUGAAGAGUCUCUUUUUGACAGUUUGAUGACAUUUGCAUUUGCAUAUGGGAAAAGAUGAACUUCUGGCAGGUAGUAACAUGUUUAAUUUGGCUUCUUUAGAAUAUUUAUAUUAUAGCUAAACUCAUGCAUGGUUUAAAAAAGUAUUACUAUAUGCUAUCAGGCCAGAGAACAGUCUGUAUAUAAGAACCUAUUAUUUGCAUAGCUGCAUCCUCUGUUUAAAACUGUGAAUUGUACUCGUGAAUGCAAUCUUUUGACUCUGCGAACGCAGAACCUUUCUACUCUAUAUUUUUUUCUACACAAAAAGAUGACAAAAGAUGAAAAGCUUUGCUUCUCUGAUGUUAUGACUGUUUUUGCUUGUUUCCGGGUCUUUGCUGGUCAUUACCUCUGAGCUAUGGGCUACAUUCAGGUUGUUCGUUUCUGUUUGCUAAUGUACGUGUCCCUUAGACAGACUCCACAAGCCUAAAGCGAACGUUUCAUUCCCUUUCGCAAUUCUAGACGUCAGUGGCUCAGGAUUCUAGAAUUGGUUAAAUUCACAUGGGAGAGAAUUUGAGGUUAAAAUACAAAAAUCAAUUGGUUCAUUCCCGGCGGUGGAGUGCAAAACGUCCCCUUUCUAAAUGUUGUGUGUGUGUGUGUGUGUGUGCUCUCAUUUGUCCACAUUAAGAAGUCACUGAGACACAUUGGUUUUAAAAACAGCCCUGCAUAUGUGCUCAGUGUUAGUUAUGUUUGUCACUUUUUAGAAUCUUGUGGGAUGUAUUUUAAUUGAAUAGAAUGUACUCAUUCAAUGGCUUGUUAUCUGUAAAUUUCAUUGUAACAAACACACACUACCCACACACAGACAAUAGUUUACGUCCGUUGUUGAUUCCUUACCAAAGCGACUCUCAAAAUCACAUCUGCUCAUUGCAGUUACCUUUUUAAUGAUUCUUUCUAUCUAGAAUGUUACACUUCACUGUGUUUCAUCCCAUGGGUGUGUGUGUGAGAGUGAGUGAGUGUGUGUUAUCUAGGCCAUCGGGGUUUCACUGUGGUUUUAAGGGCAUGCCCCCCCCUCUCUCCCCCACACGGCUAUGCUGUAUAAGGUGUAAGUUGCACUGCAACAUUGAGACGGAACAUAUUGCUCUUUUUUUCAAGGUUUUCUUUCAAAAAUUCCCCUUCUGUAUAUUAAAACACCAGGAAAGAGCCUGAUAUUUAUUCACAGUAUUAUUCAAAGCUAACCUUCUUUGCUUUCAGAAAUAUAAAUACAUAUAUAAAUAUAUAUAAUACAGAUUGUAAAAUGUUAAACUAAUAAACUGAGUUCUCUGCA